GAAAUAAGAGGAGGGGAGAGCAUGAGAGAGGGAGGGGAAUGGACGAGGAGGGAGUGGGAAGACGGGAGGAAAACAUUAGCCCUCGUUUCUCCUUGUAUUCGGGAGAAUUUCUUGUGUUUGUUCCCCAUAAAAGAAAAGCCGCAGACGAACGCGCACCGCACGAAGCCAGGACGCACGAUCAGUAUGAUGGGCAGAUAGCAGAGGGAGGACGAGGAAAAGAAGAUGUCGUUCUUCGGCCUGAACUGUUUCAGGAAGGAAGAGAGAGAGCUGGAAAGGAAACUCCGAGCCAAUGACCGAGAAUACAACCUCUCCUUUAAGUAUGCGACGAACGCCAUCAAGACCUCCAAGUACAACCUGUUCACCUUCCUACCUCUCAACCUGUUUGAGCAGUUCCAGAGGAUCGCUAACGCCUACUUCCUCUUCCUGCUGGUGCUCCAGGUGAUUCCUCAGAUCUCCUCUCUGUCCUGGUUCACCACCGUCGUGCCUCUGGUCCUCGUGCUGUCGGUCACCGCUGCCAAGGAUGCGACUGACGAUAUCAAUCGCCACCGGAGCGACAAUCAGGUGAACAACCGGAAAGUUCAAGUCCUCAUUGAUAGAAAGUUACGAAGCGAGAAAUGGAUGGACGUCCAGGUAGGAGACAUCAUCAAGCUGGAAAACAACCAGUUUGUCACUGCCGACCUCUUGUUGCUCUCCAGCAGCGAACCACUAAACCUGGUGUACAUCGAGACGGCAGAACUGGACGGAGAGACCAACCUGAAGGUGAGACAGGCUCUUCCGGUAACAGGAGACCUGGGAGAUGAUAUCGAGAAACUGGCAGACUUUAACGGUGAGGUACGAUGUGAACCCCCCAACAACCGACUCGACCGCUUCACGGGAACGCUGGCCUUCUCUGGACAGAAAUAUCCGCUGGACAACGAGAAGAUCCUGCUGCGAGGCUGCACGCUGAGGAACACUGAGUGGUGCUUCGGACUGGUGCUGUUCGGAGGUCCAGAGACAAAACUGAUGCAAAACUGUGGGAAGAGCACGUUCAAGAGGACGAGCAUCGACCGUCUGAUGAACGUUCUGGUCCUCUGUAUCUUUGGUUUCCUGGCCUGCAUGUGCAUCGUCCUGGCGAUAGGAAACUACUUCUGGGAGCUGAACAAGGGCGCCCAGUUCACCGUCUUUCUGUCGACGUCGGACGGAAACAGCGCUGCUUUCUCCGCUUUUCUCACGUUCUGGUCCUACGUCAUCAUCCUCAACACUGUGGUGCCCAUCUCUCUCUAUGUCAGUGUGGAGAUCAUUCGGCUGGGGAACAGCUUCUACAUCGACUGGGACAGGAAGAUGUAUUUCGCUCGUAACGACACCCCCGCCGAGGCUCGGACCACGACGCUGAACGAGGAGCUCGGACAGAUCAAAUACGUGUUCAGCGACAAAACUGGAACCCUCACCCAGAACAUCAUGACCUUCAACAAGUGCUCCAUCAACGGCAAAACCUACGGAGAUGUGUUCGACUACACGGGCCAAAGACUAGAAAUUACUGAUCACACGGAAACGGUGGACUUCUCCUUCAACCCGCUGGCCGACCCUCGCUUCAUGUUCCACGAUCACGCCCUGGUGGAGGCGGUGAAGCUGGAGAACCCGGAGGUCCACGCGUUCUUCAGGCUGCUGGCGCUCUGCCACACCGUCAUGGCCGAGGAGAAGAAGGAAGGUGAACUUUUCUAUCAGGCCCAGUCUCCAGACGAAGGAGCUCUGGUCACAGCAGCCAGAAACUUCGGCUUCGUGUUCCGCUCUCGAACUCCAGACAGCAUCUCCAUCGUGGAAAUGGGAAAACAGCGCAGCUACGAACUGCUGGCCAUCCUGGACUUCAACAACGUCCGCAAGAGGAUGUCCGUCAUCGUGCGGAGUCCAGAGGGGAAACUGUCGCUCUACUGUAAAGGUGCAGAUACGAUCGUCUACGAGAGGCUGCAUCAGUCCUGCAACAAACUGAUGGACGAAACCACAGAACACCUCAAUGAAUUUGCAGGGGAGGGUCUGAGGACUUUGGCUCUGGCCUACAAGGACCUGGACGAGGAAUACUUUGAGCAGUGGAAACAGCGCCACCAUGAGGCCAGCACCACUCUGGACAACAGGGAGGACAAACUGGACCAGCUGUACGAGGAGAUAGAGAAGGAUCUGCUGCUGCUCGGAGCCACGGCCAUAGAGGACAAGUUACAGGACGGAGUUCCUCAGACUAUCGAGCAGCUGUCCAAAGCCGACAUCAAAAUCUGGGUUCUGACUGGCGACAAGCAAGAAACUGCAGAAAACAUCGGUUAUUCCUGCAACUUACUCCGGGAGGAAAUGAAUGAAGUCUUCAUCGUCUCUGGAAACUCACACGAGGACGUCAAACAGGAGCUGAGAAACGCACGGACCUCCAUGAAACCAGACGCAGCAGAGAAUUCAGUGUUUCUGCCAGAAAACGUUUUGGGUAAAAGUGUGAAAACGAUCGCAGACGAGGUGGUUAACGGAGAAUACGGUCUGGUUAUCAACGGACACAGUCUGGCGUACGCUCUGGAGCACAGCAUGGAGCUGGACUUCCUGAAGACGGCCUGCAUGUGUAAAGCGGUGAUCUGCUGCAGGGUGACGCCUCUGCAGAAAGCCCAGGUGGUGGAGCUGGUGAAGAAGUACAAGCAGGCCGUCACUCUGGCCAUCGGAGACGGAGCCAACGACGUCAGUAUGAUCAAAGCGGCUCAUAUAGGUGUUGGGAUCUCUGGACAGGAGGGGACGCAGGCCGUCUUGUCCAGCGACUACUCCUUCGGCCAGUUCCGUUUUCUGCAGCGCCUCCUGCUGGUUCACGGCCGCUGGUCCUACCUGCGCAUGUGCAAAUUCCUGCGUUAUUUCUUCUACAAGAACUUCACCUUCACCUUCAUCCACUUCUGGUUCGCCUUCUUCUGCGGCUUCUCUGCUCAGACGGUGUACGAUGAGUGGUUCAUCACGCUCUACAAUCUGGUGUAUACAGCUCUACCUGUGCUGGGGAUGAGUCUGUUUGAGCAGGAUGUGAACGACGUGUGGAGCUUCCAGCACCCUCAGCUUUACGUUCCCGGUCAGCUCAACCUGUACUUCAGCAAAAAGGCCUUCUUUAAGUGCGCCCUCCACAGCUGCUACAGCUCCCUGGUGCUCUUCUUCAUCCCCUACGCCGCCAUGCACGACACGGUGAGGGACGACGGGAAGGACGUGGCCGACUACCAGUCCUUCGCCCUGCUCACCCAGACGUGUCUGCUGUUCGCCGUCACCAUCCAGCUGGGCUUUGAGAUGACGUACUGGACGGCGGUCAACGGCUUCUUUGUUCUGGGCAGUCUGGCCAUGUACUUCGCCGUCACGUUCACCAUGUACAGUAACGGGAUGUUCCUCAUGCUGCCCUCAGCCUUCCCCUUCAUAGGAACGGCCCGAAACUCUCUGAAACAGCCCAGCGUCUGGCUGACCAUCGUCCUCACCUCCAUCCUGUGUGUCCUUCCUGUGGUCACCUACAGAUUCCUGUUGAUUCAGCUCUGCCCCACCAUCAACGACAAGGUGAUGUUUAAGGUGCGACAGGCCAAAGCUUCGCCGCCUCCUCUUCCUCGACGGACUCGCAUCCGUCGCACCAGCUCCAGACGUUCGGGCUACGCCUUCUCCCACAGUCAGGGCUACGGCGACCUGAUGACAUCGCGUCGGUUCCUACGGCGACCGGCCAUAUCAAGGUCUUCAGGCUUCACUCACGCGGGUCGAACCACCACAGGCUUCAGUCCGAUGGGACGAUCGGCCGGCUACAGCCCGACUGGACGCCCUCAGAACGCUAAAGUCCCGGACGUGGAGGUGACGUCACUGCAGAUGUACAGAACUAUCACAGAUCCUGCUCUCUGACGGGCAGCAGACUGAAUCUAUGUUUGGAGGAAAUCUGGGAGGAACAAGAACAUGCACACCGGAGUUAUUGAAGCUCCCGUUUGAACUUGUUUCCAGAGAACUUUCCAUGAGCUGUCUCUCAUCUGUCCAAUACGAGGUUUGGAAACUUUUGCUCCACAUUCUGACAACCAAAGGGAACUAAAGCAAAAAAAAAAAAAAAAGCUGCUUCUGAUAAGUGGCUUUCUUUGGAUCAUGAGGGUUUGAUGUGAAACAUGCCUCAUGCAGAGCAGCAGGUGAGAGGAUGACGUCUUCAGGAACAGAAACAGGCGAUUCUUGCUCAGUAGGAACCACAGGAGAGGAACAGAAGUGUCAUCGUGUUUACAGGCGACCCAGACUUUGUGAACGCUGGGAGCCCAGAUGCACAGCCGGGCUUAGUGCAGAGGAAACGACCAGCAAAGCCAUGUGGCAGGAAAUCUUUUAAUUUUAUACCUAUGCCAGUCUUUUUUUAAGCAUUUUAUUUUCCUAUCUUGAAAACUGUACAAGCAGUCGGCACUUUGGCAGCAUCGACGGGGAGUGGGAGAAUUUAAAAUCUAGAAAAUGUGGCUCACACUGCUCCCAGAAAAUCUUCUUCACAGGAGCACUGAUUGAAAAAAUUAUCGACCAUUAAAUUAAUUGUUGGCUGGUUUAAAUAGGUUUUAAGGGAAGAAAAUGUCAAAAUUCAAUGGAUAUUUUCUAGUUUACUUCCUCCUCUAUGACAGUAAAGUGAAUAUCUUUGGGUUGUGGACAAAGAAAGACAUUUGAAGACAUUGUUUUAGGCUUUGGAAAACACUUUUGACAUUUUACAGAGCAAACAACUACUUAAAAAAAAUCUAUAAAUUAAUCAAAAAUAUUGAUUAGUAGCGGUCCUAUUCUUCACAGUGCCUUAGCAGCAGAAGAAAAUUGCUUUUACCGCAGGAUUUGAAAGAUAUUUGGACUUUUGUUGUUGCUUAGAGAAUUUUAUGAAACUUUAACGAAUUUGGAAGAAAUAAACAAAUGUUGUUUUUGAUUAAUUUAAAUGAUAAUCAUUGAUGCCACUGUGCAAUGAAACAUACCAUAUACUUUAAGGUUUAUGGUUAUAAUGAAGUGUUUUGAAAAGAAAUAAGCCAUUAAUUACAACAAACUCUCCCAGGUUAAUAUAACCCCCUUUUUUGAGGAUGUAAAUCUUUCUCUGAUAUUAGUUACUCAUUAUCAAAUAGCGUCUGGAUCCCAGUGUGUGGCUUUGGAAGAUAAAUUGCAAGAUAAAUCUGAGGAGCUCACAGAAUGAAAACACAUUUUCCUGCUAGAAGUUUGUUUUUGUUGCCAUGAAAUGCUGAAUAGUUUUUCUUCUCCCAGCUUCUGAAAGCUGAGAUUGAAUCAAACUACUCCCAACAAAGAGACUCAUGCAGCAAAUAAAAAAGAAGCUGUAAACGGUUUCUUCGUGUUAUUAGAACUAAAAUACUGAAGAGACCCCCCCCCCAAAAAAAACAAAAAAAACAAAAACAAAUGAAAAUAUGACCAACUUCUGAGUUAUUUUGCAUAAAAUCUGUCUUUAGAAAAGCCACCACCGUUUAUGUGGACGCUCUGUAAUCCUGUGAGGAGUCAAACUGAGCAGGAUAAUUCAAAAGUCAACAGGUCAUUUUAAGUGCAGAGAGUUAACUUUAUCCAUCCUUCCAGUGAUGUACAGGGUGUCCCCUAAAGCCUAGACACAUAGGCAAAAAUACAUAUUUUCAGGAAAUUACAUUUAUAACAACACUUUAUUCAAUAUAUUAUUUUUUUAAUAUAUUAAAUUUAAUAUAUAUGAAAAUUAAUCAAAUAUAUAUUUAAUAUAUUAGCCAUAUUUAAUGUGUGGAGGCAAAAAAAUCUAGUGAAUAAGAUUUCCUAUGUGUCCAGACUUUAAGGACACCCCAUACAACCAGCAGGACUGUAGGAGGAUACCCAGAAAGGGAUUUUUCACAACCUGGCAACCCAUACGUUUUGCUUUCCAGGGUCUUAUUCUAGAUAUCUCUCUUUAUUGUCCAUUAAAAAACCCAUUAGUUCCAACAAAUAAACUAAUUAUAAAGUACUGCUUUUUGCAAAGUCUUCUCUUGUCCUUUGCAGAGCAGCUUUACAGGAAAAUGAAUUUUCUUUUGAGUUGUUUUUCAAAGGGAGCACCUUAAAGUGGACGUAUCCAGGCUGCAAAAUACAGACAACAUGAUAUUUAUUUCAUGCAUUUCUAUUUUUCUAUCUCGUCAUUGACAUGAAUCGUGUGUAAAAUUAGGCUUUUAUUGAUAAAUGAUUCAUGCGUGAAGGCGAUUAAUCACUAAAUCACUUUAAUUAAGCUGCAUGCAUGCAGUUCUUGCCAUUAUUGGUGAAGUGUGACGGUGCAAUAUCAUAAAUUUCACCCACUUUAGCUCAAAAGAUAAGAAAAAAAGCUAGUUAUCUUUAUGCCAACUAAGAAAUCUAACCCUUUAUGGUGCUGAAAAUCAGGCAGCAGUGACUACUUCUCAGUUUUUUCAUUCUUAGUAUUCAAAUUCUUAUUAAUAGGAGUAAUGAUAUAUUGAAGCUAAAUCAAGUGCUUCUAUCAUAUCUGACCCCGAAAAGUGAAAAAAUAAUAACAUUUCCAAAAACUCAUGGUGUUGUUUUCACAGUGGAUGCAUUAAUAUUCUGUCUAGAUCCCGUUUAGAAGGCAAUUUGCUCAAUCCUGGCACCAGAAUGCGUCUUAAAUGCAGCUUCAGUGAGCAGAUUUUGCCUCUUCCCGAAUGUAUGAUUUUGCCUGCAGCAGAUAUUAAACUGGCAAAGAGGAAAAAUGCACAUUUCCACCUCAUUGAGACUUCUGUCUGAGGUGUUUGCUUUGGGAAAAUCAACCACAUCUGCCUGUGUUUGGGAGGUUCAUCGUGCUGAACACACACUACAGAGCUAACAGGCUAAUGCAUUCAGGCGCACGUUUGGGUUCACAUUUGUGUCCUUGAACGUCUAUUUGAGCAUCUUCAGUGCACAACAGGGCCUUAGAAACACCACUUAGAGCAUUCCUGUAGACUUUCAAUGAUGCAAAUCUUGUUCAUUUUACCUCAUUUCAACAUCUGGUGCAUAAUGUUGUACUUGUAAUGAUUUAAAAUCCCAUGUAUUUGCUUUUAGCUCACUACUGUACCGUAUAUUUGACAAUCAGCGUGGUGGUUGUAAUCGAUCAUUCAGUGGCUCUUUGUCUCCACAUCUUUCACUCUCUAAAGAAAGAAAACACAGAUGAUGCCUUCGUGAUUUAUAUGCAAACUAGAAAUAUAACGAGAAGCAUGAUGUUAAAAAAUGAAGUUUUCUGCAGCUCAGUUUACGAAAGCUAACUUUUUUUUAAAUAUCGCCAAGUGGCAUUUCAAACGUUUUGUAAAUGUUCAUAUGACUGCUGUAGCUUUAAAAAACACUCCUAAGUGGCUUUAUAGUUGCACAGUGAUGAUAUUUAACAUUAUAUUUUUACUUUUCCAUGCCUCAAAUAGGCAACUGAUUGGUUUCCCACCUACUGUUGGCUUGAAAUUGCUUAAAAUGCCUGAAAACGUGUUGAAUCGUAUUUGUAGCUGAACAUCUGAUUGUUGCCCAGAAUUGAAUGUAUUGACUCCUACCUGGUGUUGAACCAAAGAGUUUCUUUUAAGGAUUUGUAAAUUGUUGCUCACCAGACAGAAUUUGAUGCUGGAAGUCGGUGUGGUGAAGCUGGUUUAUACCACUGACUUGAUUAUUUACUGUAAAAUGUUCUUUAUGGAAAAUUUAUGUGUGCAGAAGAAACAUUUACUGCAUGUUUCUGUAAUUGGACUCUGCCCCAAGAGUUUUCUGUUUUUUAUAAUCAAGCUCAGAGCCAAGUGUUUGCAAGAAGGAACAAUCUUAUGCUGCAAAAUUUGGUGAAAAGAGCCUUUAUGUAUCAUCCAACAGAGCUUCAUCUGCAGUAUUAAUGACUGAAUCAAGAGUGGCCACAGUACAUUAAUGUACAGAGGGUUUUUUCCCAGUUUUUCUUUGGUACAUAAAAAAAUAAAUUGCAGCAAUAAAUAUAAAUGUCUAUAUUUAUCUUUAUAUUACACCUGUGCAUCUCUAGCCUUGAAGACUGAAACUGUUGCAGGAUUUUGAACCGUUUCUCAGACAUGACAAAAAAAAUCGAGUGACUUGUAGCACUGCCCUUCUGAUUAUCUUUUUGUAUCAUUUUGUACCUUAAAAACGUUUUUACUGCAAUAAAAAAGGUCUAAAAGAUCAA